AUGGUUAAUAAAUGUUGUGUUUAUGGCUGUAAAUCUGGGUAUACGGUUUGUUCGAAGCAUUUUACUCCAAAUGAUUUCAUCACAUCAUCUCAGGACAGCAAAGUCGCUCGUCAACGCCGAAACAACAAGGAUACGUUUUUGAUAAGUCUUAAACCCGAUUCGGUUCCAACUAUUUUUUCUAAUCAUUCAAAACAUAUGUUGUGUGAAAAAACUACAUCAAGAUCAGGUAAUGCGCUUCGAAGCAGUAGGAAUAAUAAAGAAAUGGAAAGACUCGGAGAGUUGGAAAGAAAUUUUAUGGAAGAAGAUUCAAUCAUAGGAUUCAAAGCCAUCAGUGAAUGUGACAGACCGAUAUCGUGGGACAUUAUUCUCACAAAUAUUGCUGCAAGAUUCAAAGCCAUCAGUGAAUGUGACAGACCGAUAUCGUGGGACAUUAUUCUCACAAAUGGAAUCAGUAAAAUUGAAAAAUGUUUAGACCUUAUUGAUGAAAGCUCUUUGGAUAAUGAUGAAAUAAUUAAAAUGAUAUCAUUUUUAAAAGAAGAAUUACAAUUAGUUUUAAUUAAAAAGCACAAGCGAUAUUCAUAUUUGAUGAAACAGGCCUUUAUUCUCAUGUCAACUAGUACUGCAGGUUAUCAGUACCUGUAUUCAUCAAAAUUGCUGUGCUUGCUAUCAUCAAAAACAAUGAUAUUUUACUACACAAAUUUCUCUCUGUUUCAAACCAGCAACAAUUGUUUGGUGAUAUUGUAA